AUAAGAAAAUGUGUUGCUAUUAGAAGCAACCUGCACUGGACCACUUGAGAUGGAAUGACUCACAGUGAUGUUUUAAUAGGAGAAAAAAAGUCAAUAAUCUCGGAUUGUUAAGGGAUAAAGACCAGGUUUUGCUGUUAGUUUCUAAAAACAAAAGGUAAGAGUUUCUUUUCUCACUCACCGUUUUCCAGCUUAGUUCAAUGUAGAAGUAGUGGAGAGAGCAAAAGUUGCAUUCAAAGUUCCUCAUGUUCGCCACUGGAUUCAGCAAAUAGUUAACGAAUAAAUACAACAUAUAUACAACACAGUUUAUUGGAUAGUAGUGUAACAGACACUUUCAACACUAAUCCACUAAUAGCAAGUACAACAGUCAUGCUGAUGCCUCUGUCUUAUACUAUAUAUUAUACAGAAUAUCAAAUAAUUUUUUCCCUUUUCUUGUUUUACUGAAUUGCAACUUUGGUGUCAAGGUAAUUUGGUAAUCUGUUAAUUUGAUUCACAAGCAGAGUAGUUAACGAAUGCCUAAAUCAGUGGUUCUCAAAGUGAGGUCCAUGAAGUGUAGCCAGAUGUUCCAUGAUUUUUUGAAAUUUGGAUACAACAGUAUGGGGGCAUGGUGGCUUAGUGGUUCACAUGUUCUCCUCGCACCUCUGGGGUUGGGUGUUCGACUCCCGCCUCUGCCCUUUGUGCGUGGAGAUUGCAUGUUCUCCCCAUGCUUUGGAGGUUUCCUCCGGGUACUCCGGUUUCCGCCCCCAGUCAAGAGACAUGCAUUGUAGUAAAUUGACAUUUCCAAAUUUUCCAUAUUGUGUGAGUGUGUGCACGAUUGUGCUCUGUGAUGUGUUGGGACCCCAUCCAGGGUGUGCCCCGAGUUCCAUAGUAUAGGCUCCAGACAUCCCCAGCGUCCCUAUGUAGGAUAAGCGAUAUGUAAAAUGGAUGGAUGGUUACAGCAGUGGAAACACAUUAUACCACUUUUAUCAAAGUCUGUUUGACUGGUCACUUGAAUUGACAUUAAUAACCCCAGAACAACAACAAAAAGGUUGGCCUAAAUAUUGUCAACUUGGACCUAAUGCUGGCAGUGGAAGCUUCCGGAAUAGAAAGCGCUAUGGCUCUGAUAAAUAGACUGAAUAUUAUGGUACAUUUAAAUAUUGUUCAUAAAAUAUAUUUGUGUUGAGGGGGUUUCAAAAAUUAUGUUACAGUUAAAGGACUCCCUAGCUAUACAAAAAAAAAGUUUGAGAACCACUGCUGCAAAGGGUCCAGUACGCUCGCAACUCAACAUUGCCCCUUGUGGCGUCAAACUUGUCCUUUUUUUUUUUUUUGUAAGCAAAGCAAUAUUGACAAAAUAGAAGCCAAUCACAAUAGCGUUUCCAGGACUUCCAUUUGAAUGGCAGUAAUUUGAGCCACUCAAUGACAGACUCGCGCCACACUAACCAAUAGCGAGUGCGCUUAGUUCCUCGGUGGGCGGGAUCUCUGCUUAUCAGUAGGAGAGGGCCAAGUAGUAGUUGCAAAGCGGAAAGAAAAUGGCGGCCGUGGCUGCGGAGCCAGGAGCUGCUGCUGCAUCAACAACAACAGUGGGGGACGGGCUCGAGUACGAAGCGGAGCCUGGUGAGCAUGUGGCCGGCUUAGAGCCCGACUCGGCAGCGGGCUUCGUCUCAAAAAUGGAGCUGUGUCACCAGGCUGAGAGUGUGGAUGCAGCUCAGGAAUGCAGUCAGGUCCGAAUGGAAAUGAGAAGGCCGGACCUGCGAGUCGCGGGAAAAGCGCUCCGUGUGCACGCAGAGGAUGGACACAGCGACACGUACGAGCGCGUGCUCACGGACUGUAUGCAUAACGACACUGAGGUUGCAGAGGAGCGCCUGAAAGAGUCGUUUUCUCCAAACGCGCCGGCUGCUCAUAACGAGGUCAGUCCACAUGAGUCCAUCGCCUGCUUUCCGCCCUGCUCCGGUUCAGGUCAUGAUCCCUCCACCGUUUUCUCGCAUUCUGUCCCCGCUCGAGCCGUUCUUGAAACAGAGACUGUGACUGAAACAGACGAACCAGCCCACAGUAAUCUGGAAUCCGUGUGCCCUGCUGAUCUGGAGCAUGAUUUCCUAGGAUCAGAGACAGUCUCGGAGCCCGAAGCUGCAUGUGAUGCUCCUUGCUCCGACUUCAGACCUGCAGAGGAUGCUUUCCAUGAACGCCCUCAGUCUCCCAAGUCGCAGUCCACUUCAUCAGAAGAGACGUCGUUUAGAGAAUCGGUAGCACAGAGUUGCACAAGUGACUCUUCUAACAUCUCCAGUAAGGACUCUGUCCAAUUUCCAGCAGAGAUCGAGCAUCCUCACACCUCCUCAGAACCGGAGGAUGAGAGUUUAGUGGGGUGUGACUCGGGUGUCGGCGCAGAGUCUGAGCAGAAACUGUGUGCAGAAACUGUGGACAGACCGCCCGAGGCGAUCUGCGGACUCGUACCUGGUUCCGAGGUUCGGGUCUCACUGGAUCACAUCAUCGACGAUGCACUUGUUGUGUCGUUUCGUUUAGGCGAGAAGAUCUUCUCCGGGGUUCUCAUGGACCUUUCCAAAAGAUUUGGACCCUAUGGAAUUCCAAUAACUGUGUUUCCCAAGAGAGAGUACAAGGACAAACCAGAAUCUAUGCAGCUUAAGACGGAGGCAUUCCAGUCAGAGAAUGAGAAGGGAGUCGCUCAAGGAACUCCUGACAUCCUUUCAGAGGAACCUGUGCAGGGGCCUUCAGUGGCUCAACCCAGUCCUAACCCUGAGCCCAAACCAUGGACCGUAAAACCACCCCCUUUGUUUCAGGAGGGGGCUCCUUACCCGCCUCCGCUGUUCAUCAGGGACACUUACAACCAGUCGUUACCUCAGCCUCCACCUCGUAAGAUCAAAAGGCCGAAGCGCAGAUUAUACAGAGAGGAGCCCACCUCCAUUAUGAAUGCCAUCAAGCUUCGACCAAGACAAGUACUGUGUGAUAAAUGCAAAGGGGCUGUGGUACAAGGGGAGAAGCGUGAAACUCGCAGAGGCCCUAUAUCAGACUGCCGGAGUGAUGAUGCAAAGCGUCGGCGCAAUGAGAGCACAGCUCCGGGUGCUGGGAAGCGGCCUCGUAACGAUGCGCGCUCAGAGGACAGGAGCCGCUUGGCUGAUUUGCCCAAGCGGCAAGCUGCAGCGAUACGGGUCACUUCUUCGACCCCAUCCAGUCUGGGCCAGAGCCAAGUAAAAGGAACAGCUGCAGGGAGCCGAGUGAUUAAAGGAGUGUCCGCCACAGCACCGGCCUCAGCCAAUUCCCGAGUCCAACUCAGUGCCAAGAAAGUGCUGCAGAGCAAAAACGUUGACCACUCGAAGGCACGGGAAGUGCUGAAGAUGGCCAAAGCACAGAAGAGGCAGAGCGAUUCUGUCACUGGCGGCAGCGGUAACACAAAGGCCAUGACGAGGGCUGCAGCUCUUCAAGAGGCCCACCAGAAGGUCCACUUCACCCGACGACUGCAGCAGAUCAGUGGAGGAGGACCAGGCAUGUCCAACCCGCUGCCACCCAGGAUGCGCAUCAAGCCUCAAAGGUACCGUAAUGAAGAAAAUGAUUCUUCCUCAUGUAAGCCACCUUGCUUGGAGAAAGUGCCGGGAGGAGGGCGUUUAACGCUGCCUAAGCUAGCUGCUCCUCGCUGCACCUCCACACGCUCUGCAGGCCAGGCCACUGCCGCUGCAGAGCCUCAGGGUCCAGACGGUGAGUUGGCACGACCCAAAUCCCAACCGAUCUCCCAGUCACCUUCGGACCACAGCAAACCGCAGCCUGAGUCAGAGGAACAGGGGCAGGAGAUGCACGGGAGCAAGGCUGGCAACCUGGUGGUAUACAUGACCCUGAAACCCAGGCAGCCCGAUUCCUCUAGCACCUCCAUGUGCAGCGUCGAUAGUGCAGAUGACUUAAAGUCAUCAAACUCUGAGUGUAGCUCGACUGAGACCCUUGACUUCCCUCCUCCUGGCGAUUUUCGAUCUGCCUCUGCCCCUGGCACAUCUUCCACUUUCAUCUCUGCCUCUUCCUCUGCUCCCAAGGAUUCAAAAAAGCGCAGUAAAUCCCUCAAAGCUGCAGUUUUUUCCAAAAAUGUCUCAAAGUGUGUUGCUCUGGAUGGCAGGACGAUUUGCGUAGGGGACAUUGUGUGGGCUAAAAUCCUUGGCUUCCCAUGGUGGCCUGCCCGCAUCUUAGCUAUCACAGUGAGCCGCAAAGAUAAUGGGCUGUUAGUCAGGCAGGAGGCCCGCGUCUCCUGGUUUGGGUCGCCUACCACUUCCUUCCUGGCAAUUACUCAGCUGGCCCCCUUUCUAGAAAACUUCCAGUCUCGCUUUGACAAGAAGAGAAAGGGUCUGUACCGUAAAGCCAUCACAGAGGCUGCCAAGGCAGCCAAACAGCUCACUCCUGAGGUUCGCGCCUUGCUAACUCAGUUUGAGACGUGAGUCUGUGUGCCUUUGAAAGGUAGGCAAAGCAGGCACCGCUUUUGCCCCAUACCCCUUUCAGAAAAGAAAGAAUACAAACUCUUCACCCCUUACCGUACCCAGCCACCUUGCCAGAGAGAAGCCCAAAAAGUGUCAGGCCAGUCAACCAGGACUCAUUUAUUUUCAUUGGAAAAGCAGAAAUUAGGGGGUCUUGGGGAGCUGAAUGUUGUUGGAAGUUGACUGAGAUGCUGAUUAAUGAGAAUGAUGAUAAUGAUAGGAAAUGGUUGUCAUGAUUCAUGUGAUGAAAUAUUCUCAUGUAUAAUUUAACUUUUUUUUGAGCCCAUAUGCCAUAUUGAAUCUAUCAUUUGAUAUUUUCAUGUCAGUACAUUACUGUAUUAGUGCAUAAUUAAUCAUUUUUCUUCCCAGAUCAAUCACUUGCUCAAACCUCUAGUGUCAUAUAGUAAAAGAAUCAGUCAGUGGAAGAAAUUUGUAUUAUUUUUUAAUUAUAAUUAAUGUUAUUAUUCCUAAUCUUUUAAAUAGUAUUUAUUGAAUUGGACUUGCUUUAGACAGGAUAAAUUGUUCUAUAGCUAAAAGGACGUUUCAGGGAGAUGUGAAUAUCGGUCCAGAUGCAGACGGAUUAAAGGCAUUUCUGUCGUUACUAGUUUAUAGUUUUUUUUUUUUGGUGGUAUGUAGAACAGAGGUGCUGUGGGCUUUGUUGGGAACAGUUUAGUGUUCAUGAGGAGUUCAGACCACUCCACUAGAUGUCUCUUACUGUACUCUAACACUCGCUGUAAAACGGAACAACACAUAAGAAAGACAGUAAAAUGUGAAAAAGGACCCUGGUGGGUACAAAGUCUCUAACUCAGGUAGACGAAGAGACUUGCCUGGUGCUGCUCCUCCUUUACAAUCAGACUUAAUCAGAUGCUGGAUCCUCGGUCUGAGGAGAAGAGAGGAGUCUUGACCUGGGUGUGGUUCUUGGCCAGCCUUGGCUUCGCAGGCAGUUUAGCUGAGUUUUUGUUGGAGGUGUGUACAAGCCAAAGCCACCUCAAAUGCCAGAGAGCGGUGUGAGCAGAGGCCCUGUUCAUCUCUUAGCAGAUAAAACCAGAAGCAGACAUGCCAGCCGAACUGAGCAGCCAUGAUUCCCACCCUCACAGCUGCAACUGCUUGCUUCACUUGUCCAUCUUCUCACCCACUUCUCUCUCUUCUCCAUUUGUCACCACGUCACAUCUUUCUCUCCUACCUUUCCCAUGUGUUCAUCUUCCACUACAUAUAUAGAUAUAUAUCUGGUUUUAUCUCAUAUAUUCCUGUUCCCUCAUUCUUGUGGUGUUCUAGUUUCUUUUGGUUUAAUCGUUGUUUAUCACCGUGCUUCUUCAUGAGCACACUUUGUUACAAUCGAGCAUUAAAAUUCAAGCUGCGUUACACCGUUAAGAGAAGACUGUUAUUAAAAUGUCUUUCCGAAAAUUAGAGCACUGAAGCACAAGACAGCAGUUCUGAUAAGUAAAUAUAAUAUGUUUAACCAUAAUUAUGCGUUAAAGCUUCUUUAAGGAAGAAAAAAAAACGUGUUUGCUUAGUAGUUCAAUGAUUUAUCUGAUUCUAGUGUUUUGUGUCUCGGAGGAAUUUUUUUAAAUGGUGUUUAUUUGUUGUGCCCAAACUUUAUUUUUGUGACAUCUCACUUCUUUUGGAUCACAGGGCUGAACAUGUGGGAUACACGUGUGUGUGUGUGUGUGAGUGUGAGUGUGUGUAUGUGUGUGUGUGUGUGUGUGUGUGUGUGUGUGAGAGAGUGUGAGUAUGUGUGUAUAUAUACAUAUAUACAUACAUACAGUAUUUUAUUUAGCAUGUAUUUUACCAGGUGAUUUGGGUGAGGAAAUGGUAUACUGAGAACAUGAGAACAUUUCGUACCUGAGAACAAAUGGUUGGAAAUGUGUAUGAAGCAAGUGAGAGUUAUGUUAAGAGAAAAUGCAGUUUCUCUGUGUCCAUGUUUGUCCUUCACUUGCAUUAGCAUUCUUAACUGUAUUUUUUUUUUUCCACCUGAGAAGGGAUUUACUGUAAAAGAGCCUGGUCUUCGCAAGUACGACAGUCACGUAGGCAUAGAUCAGGAACUUGAGAUAAGAUAAAAUAAAAAACCCCAAAACAACAAAACACUUUGCUUGGUAGACCACACUGACUGACUGACGUUUAUUUGUCAAAAGCAGAGCAAAAUGGUAUUUAUUUUUGGUGGUUGGCUUUGUUUCAUUUCGUUCUCUUUAUUUUUUACAUUUAUUAUUUCUAUCUGUUUGCAGGUCAGAGAAUGCUGUAAAACAAUUGAAAAAAAAUUACAGUGGAAGAUAUUGUGUACAUGUUUUCUGAUGUUUUAAGAGUAUAUAAAUAAAAUGUGAACUUCAAGAAUUUUACCUAGUUGUCUUUUUUUUUUGUAUCUUCCCUGACUAAUGCAUUUCAUCUAAAAUUCCUAAACCAUAACUGAGAUUAGCUAGCACUCUGUAACACUUACCCAAAAAAGCAUUACCAAAAAACAAAAAGCUGGUCCUUUUUGUUGAACCUCAGAAUAAUGUAACAGAGCUGUUAUUAGGAAUAAAAACACAGUGCUUCAAUAUUGGCACAAAGAAAAGGUUAUUUUCUCACCUGCAAACAGAUGAGUGAAGGUUAGAAUUAGAAGAUGACGUUACGUUUAUUCACGUUUCACAUUUCUACAAUAGUUAAUGUAUUUUGUAAAAACCAAAUUAUUUUAGCCUUUUGAAUCUGCUUUGAAAUUUUCAUGUCAGUUUGCAGUUUAUAAGAUCACAUGUUGCUGAUCUGGAAGACUGGAAUAGUUCAAGUUUAUUAAUCGUUAUAGGCAUUAUCAGGAUGGUGUCACAAAUAUGUGUGGUGCCCUGGGAAAACCUUUCACACAGUGCAAUGAGAUAUUGGGUAAUCUCUCUCGCUCUCUCUCUCUCUCACAUAAAUAUAUAUAUAUAUAAAAGUUCUACAAGCUUUUCUGAACUAAAUUAGCACGUCACAUUAUGCGCAUAAGACCACCAAACUUGCAGCUAAAGAAUUUGUAUUCAGUGUGCGAUUUGAUUUAUUUAUUUAGGUCUGCAGCAGCAAAAUCAGACCGAAAAUCAUAGUGUAAUCCCUGCUUUAGUUUAGAUUGGCUGUUUUUUUUUUUUGUUUUGUUUUUUUAAACCAAGCAUUUGUCAAAUUGGCUCCUUAUAUCAUAUUUAUGAUAUGUAUGACGUGUAUCAGUCCCUCCAGGAUUUUGCGAUUUUGAAAUGAAUGCAAAAUCAAGCAAUCUCUGCAAUAUUUGGAGCAGCUUGCAAUUUUUUUGCAGGUUUUUACGGACUUGGGCCAAGACGCAUCAUGUGAUGUCAUCACAGCACGCGUUCAGUUAUAGCCCUCUUCGGUUCACAUGCAUCAAACAUGAGUACAGUUAAAAGGUCUCAUUUACCAACAAACGUCACUGUGAAAGAUUGUGCAAAACAAUUUCCUGCGAUUGCAAUUUCACCAAUUCAAGUAGUUUUCCAGAAAAACUCCACAAAUCGCAGAUUUUGGUGGGGGAAAAAGCAGCAAAAUCAAACAUUUUAGGCCGUAGCAAUCACAAGUGAAUGUGUGCGGACUGAGACUUAUAUAAUUAUGAUUUCUUAAGCUUGAAGUGAUAAAGCAUGUCAGAAUGUCUGCUAGACUUCAGCUGCAGCGACAUCCCAUGGGUUUUGCAGACCGCCACAAGGGUAUUCACCGUUGUGCCCUGCCUAUAGCAUAUGUCUAAAAUUGUGUGUGUGUAUUAGUAUAAAAUUCCAAGCAUGUAAAUCUUUCCGUCCGGAUCAUUCCAGACUCAAAUUCUGCAUGCUUUUCAUCUUCUUUUAGUCAUUCUGUCGAUCUUGGCUUGAGUACAGUGAACCAGGGUUAUUAAGGUUUUUAAGCCGCUAUGGUAGACAGUACAAAGCAAAUCUGUGGCAAAACUUUAACUGUUGUUUACCAAGUUUAACACUUACCUGUCUGAGCAGAACAGAUUCCUGUGUCUAAAUUCAACUGUUAAUAACUCCAUGUCUAAAUUCAGAGUUAUCUUAUACCCAUUUUAAUGAUAUUUUGUGCUGGUCAUUUCCACAUCGUUUUGUUUUUUUGCAUUCAUGAGAUUCAGUGCUUGUGUAUUUCAUGAAAUGAACCUGCAGCGUGGCUUCUCUAAGAUGU